UUUUUUUUUUUUUUUUGGGUGGUCUUUUCUUUGUUAUUGUUUCUAUUGCAGUUUAAACUGUCAUCGAUCUAAAAACAGAUUGAAUUAUGUGGAAUUUCAUUUUGUUGCUCUGUGCGUUUACGCCAUUGGCCUUGGCGGCCUUGCCCUUCUAUGGGCUCAACUACGGUAUGAAUACUGUCAACUGCCCGUCGCUGGAAGAUGUGAAGCGCGAUUUUCAAGCCUUGAAGCCUUACACGAACCGUGUUCGUAUCUUUACUCUGGUUGCCUGUCAACAAGGUGAUCUCGUUUUGCGAGCCACCCAAGAGCUUGGUAUGCGGGCUUACCUUGGCAUGUGGGUGAGCGGCGACCCCAACGUGUAUGAAAAGGAAUUGGAGGCCCUCAAAUCGUUGGUCAAUACACAUGAUUUGAGCAACGUCGAUGGUAUCAUUGUUGGGUCGGAAGCCCUUUACCGUAAUGAAACCACCCCUCAACAAAUGGUCAACUAUAUUUCGCGUACCCAGGAGUUGGUUCAUCCAAAGAAAAUUCCUGUGGCUACCGCGGAUGUCUAUUACAAGUUUCCUCCCGAAGUGGUGAAACAGAUCGAUUUCCUCAUGAUGAACGCAUUUCCUUACUGGGAAGGUGUCACCGUUGACCAAGGCGCGACCAAACUCAUAGAGCACUAUGACUCCUUGGUCUCGGAAGCUCAAGGUAAACAGGUCCGUAUUUCGGAAACUGGAUGGCCUACCUCCGGACCCAACUUUGGUGAGUCAGUGCCAUCGCCUCAAAAUCAAGCCACAUAUCUGCGUGAUGUGCUUGAAAAAGUACGAGCACGCAAUAUUGAUAUGAUUUGGUUCGCUGCCAUCGAUGAACCUUACAAGGGAGGCAUUGAAAGUGCAUGGGGAAUUUUGGAUGCCAAUCGUCACCUCAAGCCGGAUUUGAAGCCCAUCCUUUCAUAAAAGCUUAAAGUCGAAGGUCCUUUGACGUUGCAUCGUCAAAGACCAAAACGAUCCUCG